GAAAGUAAAAGUAAACCAUUGCAGUACCUAUCCUGUUUAUAUUUAGCGUUUUCCUAAUGCGCAUGAUGUCAGACGGGAAAUCUGCUACAAAAACACCUCGUAAAAGUUUAUCCGUCAAGAACACUAAAGGAUCUAAUUCUGUUUCUUCAUAUUUUAACAAUGGACCACCUUCUAAACUUGCCUGCCCCAUUUGCAGUGAAAUGAUAUCAAGAUAUGAUUUAAACUGGCAUCUUGAUGAGAUGUGUACUAAAAAGGAUGAUGUCAUGCAGAUUGAUCCAGUUCCUGUUGACUUAACUGACUCAGAUAGGUCCACAGUGGAUUUAGCCAGUAUUGCAUUAGAAGAUGUAAUUUCAAUGAAGUCAUCACUAAAGAGAAGUUUAAGCCCUGGCCAAAGUGAUUCAGCAAAAAAGAUAAAACAACAGACCAGUUCCUACUUUAAAAGUAAUGAUGGUUUUAUGUGCGGAAAUCAAUAUGAGCCGAGGAACCCUAAUGUAAAAGUCAUUCCUUUGGAAACGCUAUCGUCCAGAUUAUCUAGAAAAUACACAAAGGCAGUAGAUAAAAACGAUGAGUUUGGGAGUCAUAGAGCUACAAAUCUGCAGAGUUCUUUACCCACAGUGGUUAAGAGCUUGGUUGACAAUUCUUCAGAGAUUGAGAACAAGGAACAAAUUUUGGAGACCUCUUUUCACAAGGAAAAUGUUUUUCGGUGUGCUUCUCUUCAAGAAAAGAGUGCCCCUGAGUAUGUUGUAGGAGACACUGAAAUAACGGAAGCUGACAGCCAGAAGGAUACUCAAGAAUGUGGGGACACAGCCCUCACUCCUGGCUUCUCAGAUAACGCUCUUAUGUUAAUGUCACCAGAAUUAAUUCUUGGAAAUAAAUUCAAGUCUACUUCACAAGACAGUCUGAAAAAGCAGAAGAGUCUCAGAGGAGCAGAUGGUAAAGGUGGUAACAAAUAUGAGGUAAGUAAUUGUAAAGAAGUAAAAAUGACUGUUGCUACAGAAACUAAACCGCAGUUAUAUUUGGAAGCAAAAUCGCAUAGUGCUACAAGUAAUGCUUUAAAGGGGAACAACGUCCAAGCACUUCCUCUGGAAGGCGACAGUGUUCUACAGAAUGAAAUCAUUAGCAGCAUUCCUUUGGAGAAGAGGUCAAGCUGUGAAGUUCCUGAUAGAACAGCGGAAGUACCACCAAGUCAUCCUUACUACCUUAAAAAUUUCCUUAUGGUGCUGAAAGAAGUAUUUGAGAAUGAAGAUGAUAUGAUGCUCUUUGAUGAACAUGAAAAGGAAAUUGUAACUAAAUUUUAUAAUUUAUCAGCUAGUGGUCAGAAGUUAUAUGUACGACUUUUUCAACGUAAAUUAAACUGGAUUAAAGUGAACAAACUGGAAUAUGAAGAAAUUGACCUAAAUUUACUACCUGUAAUUAAAGAAUUGAAGGAUGAAGGCUUUAUACAGACAGAAGCUGAAUUGCAAGAACUGUCUGACGUGCUUGAGCUACUUUCUGUAGUUGAACUAAAAACGCUGGCGAAGAUCUUUCACUUGAAACCUAAUGGGCAGAAGCAGCAGUUGGUGAACUCCUUUCUCAAAUUUGCCAAACAGCGUUCAGUCUUCACUUGGGACAAGAAUCAGCCUGGUAUUGGAGCAGUGAUUUUAAAAAGGGCUAAAGACUUCGCUGGCCCGUCCCUAAGAAUUUGUAAAGGCCCCAGGGCUGUAUUUUCUCGAAUCUUACUACUGUUUUCAUUGACCAAUUCAAUGGAAGAUGAAGAAGCUGCAUGUGGUGGACAGGGACAGCUUUCUACUGUACUAUUAUUGGUCAACUUUGGCCAAAUUAAGUUUCCUAGUUACACCAUCUAUCGAAAAACCAAAAUCUUCCAAGAUAGAGACGAUCUCAUCAAGUAUGCAACAGCUGCACACAUGCUGAGUGAUAUUUCUGCUGCGAUGGCCAGUGGGGACUGGGAUGCAGCCAGAGAGCUUGCACAAUGUGCACAAAAGGAUUGGAGCCAACUGAAGAACCACCCUUCCCUGAGAUACCAUGAGGAUUUACCACUCUUUCUGCGAUGUUUUACCGUUGGGUGGAUUUAUACAAGAAUUUUGUCUCGAAAUGUAGAAAUACUGGAGAGACUUCACAUGUAUGAGGAUGCAGUCAAGGAACUUGAGAACCUUUUGUCUCAGAAGAUUUAUUGUCCUGAGAGCAGAGGCCGAUGGUGGGAUAGGCUGGCCCUUAAUUUACACAAGCAUCUGAAGCAUCUGGAGCUGGCUAUUAAGUGCAUCAGAGAAGGGCUGCAAGACCCAGAUGUAAGAACAGGACAUCGGCUAUCACUUUACCAGAGAGCUGUGCGACUGAGAGAGUCUCCAGGUUGUAAAAAGUACAGACACCUUUUCCAGAAACUGCCAGCAAUCCAUGUGGGAGAUGUGAAACAUGUAACCAUCACUGGCAAGGUAUGCCCACAGAGUGGGCCUGGGAAGUCCACGUUUGUGAUGGAGGUUGAAGAGGCUGGAGUCCCCACUACCGUGCUGUGUUCAGUGGAGGAGCUGGCAUUGGCCCAUUACAGAUGUGAUGGCUUUGAUCAGGGGAUUCAUGGGGAAGGAUCCACCUUCAGUACACUGUAUGGCCUCCUCCUGUGGGACAUCAUCUUCAUGGAUGGAAUCCCAGACAUCUUUAGGAAUGCAUACCAGGACUUUCCACUGGACUUGUAUACAGACAGCUUCUUUACAAGCAGAAGGCCGGCCAUCGAAGCUCGACUACAGCUUAUUCAUGCUGCUGAUGCCCCAACCCUAUGUUCCUGGCUGGCAGCUGCAUGGCAGGCUCAAGAAGGCAGAGUAGCUUCCAUAGUCAACUGGAACCGUUUUGCUUCUCUUCAGCAAGCUCAGGAUCUUGUUUCCUGCUUAGGCGGCCAUGUCCUCAGCAGUGUGUUUAGGCAGUUGGCUACUGACUUCCGACAUUGCCGAGGUGGCCUCCCUGACCUGGUGGUAUGGAACUCCCAGAAUCAUCACUUUAAGCUGAUAGAAGUUAAAGGCCCCAAUGAUCGUCUUUCCUAUAAGCAAAUGAUCUGGUUGGAUGAACUGCAGAAGUUGGGUGCGGAAGUAGAAGUCUGCCAUGUGGUCCCAGUUGGAGCCAAGAGCAAAGGCCUGAGUUAAGAGCUACGGAAUUAGGAUUAUUUGUGUAUCCCUAAUCCAAACAAUUAGUUCUUAAUGUAUGGCUCUAUUGGACACUUGCCCUCAAAAGAGGUCACUGAAGGUAUGGGUGCUUUAGCAAAGUAUGGUGAAGAAAUCUGAUGGUGCCUGGCUAUCAAAAAUAACAGUGUC